UAUGUGUGUGUGUGCAGGAGUGGUCUUGCGAUCAUGUGCAUUGUGUGUUUUUCAUUAUUAUUAUUACUAUUAUUAUUAUUACUAUUAUUGUUAUUAUUAUUAUUAUUAUUAUUAGUAGUAGUAGUAGUAAUAGUAAUAUUGUAUCACGGUAUUUUAUAAUAGAGCCUCAACUUAUACUAGUCUUGCCUGAAAAUCUCUCGUUUUCUAUCAUUCUCCCAUCCUGCAGGCCUGAGCCCAGAGCGAGACCCAGAGAAAUGUAAACAAACGCAGAGUCAGACUUGAUAUACGGGUGAAUUUGUUGCUUUUUAGAGCGGCAAUGGAUCUGUACAUGCGUGAGGUGGCGAGGGGCGUGGCCAGGGGGCGGCUAGCAGCGUGUGCCACCAGGGAAAUGUGUAUGAACAUAAAAAAAGGCGCCUGUCAAGAAAGGCACAGAUGCAGGGUGGUGAGGCAGUGUUCAUCCCAGGGGCAGACCACACAGGGUCAGCAACACAGGUGGUGGUGGAGAGGCACCUGUGGGACGCCCAGGGGAACACCAGACACGACCUUGACAGACAGAAGAGUUUAUUGAUGAAGUGUGGAAGAAGAGGAGGAAGGAACAAUUAUAUUCGACCAGCUGCGGCAUCUGGGGGCUUCACUUGACUGGGACAGCUGUGUUUACCAUGGAUACAGCGAGAGAAUGGCCUGUGUGUCUGUCUGUACAUCUUGACGGAAGCAUUUGUCCGUCUGUACGAUGCUGGGCUGGUGUACCGCAAGGAGGCUCUCGUCAACUGGUGCUGCAGCCUUCAGUCGGCCAUCUUGGACAUUGAAGUGGACCACCUGCACCUGACAGGACCCACGGAGCUGGCAGUCCCAGGGUACAGCAAACCGGUCAGCUUCGGAAAGAUGUGGGACUUCCCUUACAGACUGGCAGACUCAGGGUUUGCUGAGGUUUGAGGCUGGGGGGCAGUGCCGUCGGCCCUGUCGGCACUGGGGCUGUACAGAGGGUGCCACGCCCACCCCAUGAUGGUGCCUCGCUGCAGCAGGACGCAGGAUGUCAUUGAGCCCGUGCUGAGGCCCCAGUGGUUCGUUCGGUGCAAGGAGUUGGCACAGGAGGCGUCCGAGGCUGUGCAGAGCGGCCAUCUCAACUUGGUGCCACAGCUGCACAGGAGGGCUUGGCAUAGCUGGCUGGACAACAUCACAGACUGGUGUGUCUCCCAGCAGCUCUGGUGGGGCCGCAGAAUGCCAGUGUACCACAUUACUGCAGCAGAUGGCGAGGAGGUGUGGGUGGCGGCUGCUCGGAGGAGGAUGCAAGACGGAAGGCUGUGGAGAAGGAAGCAGGAGGAAGAUCUGGACACCUGUUUCUCCUCUGGCCUGCUUCCCUUUGCCUCGCUGGGCUGGCCGGGUCAGGGGAGAGGAGAGACCAUGCCUGACCUUGCUCGCUUCUACGCAACGACCUUGAAGACGGGUCACGGCAUCCUCUUCUGGGUGGCUCAGAUGGUCAUGCCGGGACUCAACUUGAUGAGGAGGCUUUCCUUUGAGACUGUGCUGCUGCAUGGCCUCCUGGGUGAUGGUGGCGGCCACAAGACGUCCAAGUCCUGGGGCAGUGUGAUAGACCCCCUGGAUGUCAUCAGUGGGGGCGUCCCUGGAGGUGUGUGACUUGCUGGUGCUGGACUGUGUUCUGUACUGGUGUUGAUUGGGUGUGGUGAGCAGUAUCUGGACAGCAGGUACUGUGCGAGAGGGUGGAGGGGAGCCUGAAUGCUGAAGAAGUACUCACUGGUCUCGUAUGAACUCUCCCACAGGCAUCCCAGAGUGUGGAGCUGAUGCCCUUCGCUCCACCCUGUGCUCCACCAACUUCAGGAGUCAGUGUGGCAUAGAUAGAUGUGGAUGACUGUGGUGUCUUGUCUUGUGUGGAGUUACAAGAACCGUUGCCCCAAACAAUGAGUGGUGG